CGGGGCUGAUGUUGGAGCUACCCGGGGCCCAGGCGUGCGCCGGGGCGCUCGCGGGCGCUCUCCUGCUGCUGCUACUCGUGCUGGUGGUCCGCCAGCUCCUGAGGCAGAGACGACCGGCGGGCUUCCCCCCGGGUCCUCCGCGGCUGCCAUUCAUCGGCAACAUCUGCUCCCUGGCCUUGUCGGCCGAUCUUCCCCACGUCUACUUGAGGAAGCAGAGCCGGGUGUAUGGCGAGAUUUUCAGUUUAGAUCUUGGAGGCAUAUCAACUGUGGUUCUAAAUGGCUAUGAUGUAGUAAAGGAAUGCCUUGUUCAUCAAAGUGAAAUUUUUGCAGAUAGACCAUGCCUUCCUUUGUUCAUGAAGAUGACAAAAAUGGGAGGCUUACUCAAUUCCAGAUAUGGCAGAGGAUGGAUUGAUCACAGAAGAUUGGCUGUUAACAGCUUUCAUUAUUUUGGAAGUGGCCAAAAAUCUUUUGAAUCUAAAAUCUUAGAAGAAACUUGGUCUUUAAUUGAUGCUAUUGAAACAUACAAAGGUAGACCUUUUGACCUCAAGCAACUGAUAACAAAUGCUGUUUCAAACAUAACUAACCUUAUCCUUUUUGGAGAACGAUUCACUUAUGAAGACACUGAUUUUCAGCACAUGAUUGAGUUAUUUAGUGAGAAUGUGGAACUAGCUGCCAGUGUUCCAGUCUUUCUUUAUAACGCAUUUCCAUGGAUUGGUGUCUUGCCUUUCGGAAAACAUCAAAGGUUAUUUAGAAAUGCAGAUGUGGUCUAUGAUUUCCUCUCCAGACUUAUUGAAAAAGCUGCACUCAAUAGAAAGCCUCAUUUACCUCAGCAUUUUGUUGAUGCCUAUUUAGAUGAGAUGGAUCAAGGUCAAAAUGAUCCUUUAUCUACAUUCUCCAAAGAGAAUCUAAUUUUUUCAGUGGGUGAACUUAUCAUUGCUGGAACUGAAACUACAACCAAUGUGCUCCGCUGGGCAAUUCUUUUCAUGGCCCUUUAUCCUAAUAUUCAAGGACAAGUUCAUAAAGAGAUUGAUUUAAUUAUGGGCCACAACAGGAGGCCUUCUUGGGAAGACAAGUGCAAAAUGCCUUAUACUGAAGCAGUUUUACAUGAAAUUUUAAGAUUCUGUAAUAUAGUUCCACUGGGGAUUUUUCAUGCAACUUCUGAAGAUGCAGUUGUACGUGGCUAUUCCAUUCCUAAAGGCACAACAGUGAUUACAAAUCUUUAUUCUGUUCACUUUGAUGAAAAGUACUGGAAAGACCCAGACAUGUUUUAUCCUGAGCGAUUUCUGGACAGCAAUGGAUAUUUUACUAAAAAGGAAGCUUUGAUUCCUUUUUCUCUAGGGAGAAGACAUUGUCUUGGAGAACAGCUGGCUCGGAUGGAAAUGUUCUUGUUUUUUACAUCAUUGCUUCAGCAAUUUCAUUUGCAUUUUCCACAUGAACUAGUUCCAAACCUGAAACCCAGGUUGGGUAUGACAUUACAACCCCAGGCUUACCUCAUCUGUGCAGAAAGACGCUGAAAGUGCACAAAUGGAUUGGGGAAUAACCUUGCUGAAUCAAUAAUGGUGUUUGGGCCAAAGCCACACUUUUAUAAAGCCAGAUGAACACAGAUACAUUGUUUAAAAUAGUGCUAUUAUGUUUUUUUCAAACUUCCAUGAAUUCUAAUUGUAAAAUGUAUUGAACAGCACAAAAGUGCAGGUGUUAUAAAGAUGCUAAGAAGAGCCAUGGAUGCUCUAAACAAAGCUCUUGCUUAAUGUAAGUUUCUUCUCAUUUGUCUACAUCCUAAAGAACUUUACUCUCUAACUGACUCCGUUAAUGGUGAGGUGUAUUCCCCAUACAUACACAUAGUUAAAAAUAAUAGAAAUGGUCUUUUUUAAAAGUAGGAAGAACAUGGAUUUAACUUUAACUUCUAUUAUCUGGUAAAAAUUUCCUAGUUCUGUGGUUCAAAAUAGUAGUUUUUGGCAUCUAAUGUAUUAAGAUAUUUAUAGUUCCAAGGGAAAGAAAAUCCAGGGCAAACAUACCAACAAAUAGAAAUUUAGAGGUAAUAUCAGAGGAUUAAAGUUGGAAUGGCAUAGAUAAUUCAUGAUUUAAUUAAAAAAACUAUUUCCAUCACAGUUUUGCUUUCUAGAUAAUACCAACUUUAUUUGAAGGCUAGCUUAUUGAGAGUACAUGUGCUUAGCACAAUGCCAUAGAAAGAGAUCAAGCUGGGCUUCAGGAAACAGGAUGGGAGUUUUUCAUGUGACCCUAUAACACUCUUCCUAUGUUACAAAGAACAUGAGUCACAUGUUCAUACAUUAAUUUAAAACUGUUUUGUGUUUUCACUUCUCCAGAGUAUAUGUGCUACAUGAGAGUGAAAUAGUUGUCUAAGCAGUUACGAAAGGAAGAGGAUCUGCAAAUCACAACCUCUUAAUGCUUCCAGACCCAACUUCCUGAAUCUUAACAAAUGCACUUAGCCAGGUUGCUCUCUAGUUUUAGUUCUUUGACAUAGCAAAAAGCUCACAACCUUAGGCAUCUCCCUUACUACAAUUUCUUAUAAAAACUUAAGUUAAAUUCUAUAUUCUGGGGCUUCUACAAACUUGCGAGCCUUACUGAAGAAGAUAACUUGGUAAACUAGAUUGUAGCAAAAAUUAAGUGGGCUUUGUUCUUUUGAAUAUGGCUACUACUGCUUUUAGUAUAGUCAGGGACUCAAUA